AUCACAUCUUACAGGGUACACGGCAUAAUUCAAAAUUCGUAAUAAUCGAAAGAGCUUAAUUGUUGUUAGACGUCCAAUGUAAAACAACUUUUCCAGGUGGUGUGUUUUGAAAAAAAUGGCUGGUUUUUGGUUGACAAAUAAGAGAAUAACUGAUCUAAAUAUACGGCACAUUUAUGGAGGUCCAGAGCCCUUUGGUAAACAUAGAAUCACCAAAGUGACGCGCACCUUCAGUCUCAGAACGAAAGAAAAAGAGGAACAGAGGACCGAAGCCUUACAGAGGCGAAUGAGAAGAAGGCUGUUCGAUGCGAAUUCUCGAGGGGAGUAUGUCGUUCCACGUGCCCCGGCAUUCAGGGAGCUUGACCAGGAAGGGAUAGAGGAAAUAGUAAUGAGGUUAAACCAUCCCAAAAGCGCACCAGCUCUACGCCAAAGUCUGUCCAGUAGGUCGUCAGGUGAAGAGAAUAACAGUGCGAAAAAACAGAAAACACUUUCGGAGCAAGAAUUGAAUAAUGUUUCAAUUCGUUUGCAUAAUCACGAAACACACAUGAGCCGUAUGAGAAGCGGAAAGGGAGAUCGAUUUCCGCCUUCGUCCAGCAGGAUCAGUGUGAGUAGAUCGCACAGUUCGCGCCAUUAAAUGGAAUUAGGAUAUUUUUUAUGUGAUAACGAGGUGGCCAGUUGAACUUUAUUACAUGCAUCGAUAUCAAUAUUGUGUUUCGCUAGGACAAUCAUUGUGAACAGAGUGUCCCAGUAUUGUUACAUGUGACAAUCAAAAACUUCCAUAGGAACAAACUCUAAAGU